UAGAGCCCCCCGGAAGGCUGUUGACGACGGCUCGCUGCCCCGCGUGGUGAGUCUGGGGGAGAACAUGAAUGACCUUGACCUUCCCCCGUGUCAGCGCAUGGGCGCCAUGGUGGCCUUCGACAGCUUCUCGGCUUUCACAAGAGUUUUUCCUGAGUUUCUGGACCUAGCAGCGCCCCCACAGGCAGACUCUCCCCUGUUCCAGGAAGUGAUGUCGAUGUUCCGGGACAGCCCGCCCCCCUCUCCCAGCUUCACGGACAGGAACCAGGGAUUCAUGGAGAAGGGCACGUCCGGCAUGUACGGGAGCAGUGAUAGUCUCAGCAGCCUGAACGAACAGGUGAGCACAGGUGGACAGGUGUGUUACACAGGUGUGUUACAUGGAGAAGGGCACGUCCGGCAUGUACGGCAGCAGUGAUAGUCUCAGCAGCCUCAACGAACAGGUGAGCACAGGUGGACAGGUGUGUUACACAGGUGUGUUACAUGGAGAAGGGCACGUCCGGCAUGUACGGGAGCAGUGAUAGUCUCAGCAGCCUGAACGAACAGGUGAGCACAGGUGGACAGGUGUGUUACACAGGUGUGUUACACAGGUGUGUUACAUGGAGAAGGGCAUGUCCGGCAUGUACGGCAGCAGUGAUAGUCUCAGCAGCCUCAACGAACAGGUGAGCACAGGUGGACAGGUGUGUUACACAGGUGUGUUACACAGGUGUGUUACAUAGGUGUGUUAGGCAGGUGUGUUACACAGGUGUGUUACAUAGGUGUGUUUGGCAAGUGCUAAGUGAGACAUACAACAUAUAUAAUAAUAUAUCACCUGAGGUAGAUGUAUGCAUAUUUUGUUGAGCUGCUUAGGUUUUACAUAGUCACAUGUAAGUACAUGUAAGUGCAUACAGGUUGUUAGCUCGACUGGUUGAACUGACACACAGGUGAGUCAAACAGGUGGGACAGGUGUAAUUUCUGAGGAGGUAUUUAAAUCUGUCAUAGAAAUACAUAAACCUCAUUGACAAAGAACAGUUGUCUGUAUAUAAAAUGAUUGUAAAACUGUAUCAAUCCCAACAUUGUCCACUUCUCAGCACAUGACACUUGACUGUUUCACAGACCAGAGAAAA